AUGGAUUCCGCUUCAGACAAUGAGCCUGAUUAUGAUUAUAUUUCCGAAGAUUCAGACGUACAAAAUGAUGCAGAUAUAAACAUUCCAGAAGUCAAUAGACUGUGGACAAACGUACGGUAUGUGGAAAAUUUUGAAUAUCCGCACAAUAUCUGUCCAUUCUCACGCCAUAUGGGUCCAGUUGACCCACCUGACAUAGAGGCCCAUCCAAUAGAAUACUUCAAAAAACUUUCCGCUCCAGAAGACAGAAAAAGUCUCAUCGACAUCCUCGUCGAUGAAACUAAUUUGUAUGCAGAACAAUUUUUAACAAAUCCAUCUUAUGAUCCUAAACCAAAUGCUAGAACACAUGAGUGGUAUUUAACGGAUGCAGAGGAAAUGUGUGCAUAUUUAGGUUUGUUUCUCUCUAUGGGUGUAGUUAAAAAACCCAGCAUAGAGGCCUACUGGCAGCAGUCCGAGAACUCUUGGCUAUUCCGGACACCUGGAUUUUCGGAAGUCAUGACAAGAGACAGAUUCCAACUUCUCUCAAAAUUUCUUCAUUGUAAUGAUAAUAUGACCCGUGUUCCACGUGGCCAUCCCGGCUAUGAUCCUGCACACCAAUUCCGUCCAGUAUUAGACCUUGUUAAUUACACUUUCCCAAAGGCAUACGACUUAGCAAGGGAUAUUACUGUAGAUGAAAGCAUGGUUGGGUUCAAGGGGAGAAACGAAAUCGUGCAGUAUGUACCUGCAAAAAAAUCACAUCAGUGGGGAGCUAAACUAUUUGUCUUAGCUGAGUCUGACACGGGAUACAAUGCAGCGAUUCAGUUAUAUUCAGGAAGUCAACAGGAUACAUCCCGUAGCGCUCACGGUUUGGGUUAUGAUGUAAUUAUGCAGCUUGUUGAACCAUACCUACAUAGAUAUCAUCACCUCGUGUGUGACAAUUACUUUUCAAGUCCCGCUCUUUGUGAUGCUCUGUUCACGUCAAAUACUUAUAUGACAGGCACGGCUAGAGUUUGUAGGAAAGGGAUGCCUCGGUCAUUGAAAGGAUUGAAAUUGCCCAAAGGAGAGGCUCUUGUAAAACAGAGUGGACCCAUCAUGGCAUUGUGCUAUGGAGACAGAAAAACUGUCACGUUUUUAUCCACGCUUUCUAUGCCAAAUAUUGUGACCACUGAAAAUGCACGAGGCGUAAACGUUGAGGUGCCCCGUGUUAAUCUUGUAUAUAACAAGAAAAUGGGAGGAGUCGACCUCUCAGACAAAUCUCUAGAGCUGUAUGACACAUGCAUUAGAUCAAAAAAGAUGUGGAAGAAAAUACUCAUCAAUAUCUUACUUAGAAUUAUGUGUCCCUCAGUCGAGGAUUUAGUAGACCACUUCCUAACCAACCCAUCUAGAGCGGCCUCCCUCUCAAUACUGGAUCGUGGGUCAGAAAGGGAAAGGAGAAAAGUGGAAAUAAAACUCGGAAGAGCAUCUCCUCUGAUGCAAGAGCUGAAGCGGGUAAAAUCAGAGGCCAAGCGAAUGAAUAAUGAGGGACAACCUAUACCUAGUUUCUCGCCACACUGA